CCUGUAGGCUGCUUCAAGGAAGUGAGAAAAUAUGUGGAACCAACAGGUCGGACCACAUUCGGGCACAAUCAUGUGACUCCAAAUGAAAGCGCUGCAUAGCGUGAUUCAGUCAGCAGUGAAGCAGAGAAUCGCCAGAGCUGAUCUGCAGAGAGAGUCCUUGUCCUCCUCCUCCUGUCUGGAGCUCCUGAGGGAUCCUGCUACUCUUCCCUGUGGACACACCUGCCGUAAGACCUGUGUGGAACCAAUGAGUGAAGGUUCACAUGACGUGACAUUCUCUCCAGCUCCGAUCAUCCAGGCGGUGGUGGAACACACACACACACACACACGGGACUCACUGCUGUGGAUCAACACACCGACAUCCAACACAAUCUGAGUUCACAACUUUGGACCGGAACAACUGAGCUCCGACAUGGACCCGAGACUGAGGAGAGGAGCCUCGCUCACAGGUGACGCCUCUGCUGAGACUCGGGGCAGAGAGGAGGGAGACCCCCCCUCUAAAGGACCUGGGACCAGAGCUCAGAGAUCUGCGCUGCAGCCAGAACCAGCUGGACCUGGACCUGCACCUGGACCUGGACCCAGCUGUGUGUCUCUGAAGAGUGAUUGGUCCAUGGGGAGAUGGAUUAACUUCAGAGGAGGAGCGGCGUCUUCAGCUCCAAGGAUCCAUCAGGAACCAGAAGAGUCUGGACUCUGCUGUGACUCUCUGAAGAGUAAUUUUUCCAAGGAUCUCGUGAUUGACUUCAAAGAUGGACCUGAGUCUCCUGAGGAGAGAGAGGACCAUCAGAGCUCAGAGCUUCUCAGUGGUCAGCAACAUCCGGACUCCACACGGCAGCGACUGGAGCAGAAGUUCCUCAGCUAUGUGAACAGAGUCUGGAGGCUUCUGGGUCCAGAUGAGCCAGAGCCUCCAGAGACUGAGGAAGAGGAGCAAUGGAGGAGCAUCAGAGAAGAAUUCCUGAAGAUCACAGUUCACCUCCUGAGGAACAUGGAGGAGGAGGAUCUGGCCCAGCGUCUGUGGAGCAGAAGUGGUGCUGGAGCGUGUGCAGGGCGACUGAAGAGGAGCCUGCAGAAGAAGUUCCACAGUGUGUCUGAGGGGGUCGCUAGAGCAGGAAACUCUGCCCCUCUGAAUCAGAUCUACACAGAGCUCUACAUCACUGAGGGGGGCACAGAGCAGGUCAACCAGGAGCACGAGGUCCGACAGAUCGAAGCAGCAACCAGGCAGCAGACCAGACCAGGAACUACCAUCAGACCAGAAGACCUCUUUAAAGCCUCACCUGACACAGACCCACCAAUCAGGAGCCUGCUGACGAAGGGCGUGGCUGGCAUUGGGAAGACCCUCCUGACACAGAAGCUGACUCUGGACUGGGCUGAAGACAAAGCCCACCACAACUUCCAGCUCCUGUUUCCUUUCACCUUCAGAGAGCUGAACCUGCUGAAAGAGAAGCAGUUGAGUUUGGUGGAACUUGUUCAUCGCUUCUUUCCUGAAACCAAAGACUCAGGACUCAGCAGCUUUGAAGGAGUCCAGGUUCUGUUCAUCUUGGACGGUCUGGACGAGUGUCGACUCCCUCUGGACUUCAACAGUCGGGUCCUGACAGCAGCUACAGAGUCCACCUCAGUAGACGUCCUGCUGACCAACCUCAUCAGGGGGAAGCUGCUUCCCUCAGCUCAGCUCUGGAUCACCACACGACCUGCAGCAGCCAAUCAGAUCCCUCCUGAGUGUGUGGACAUGGUGACCGAGGUCAGAGGCUUCACUGACCUCCAGAAGGAGGAGUACUUCAGGAAGAGGUUCAGAGAUGAGGAGCAGACCACCGUCAUGUCUCACAUCAGGAGCUCACGAAGCCUCUACAUCAUGUGUCACAUCCCCAUCUUCUGCUGGAUCACUGCCACAGUUCUGGAGGACAUGUUGAAGAGCAGAGAGACCGGAGAGCUGCCCAAGACCCUGACUGAGAUGUACAUCCACUUCCUGGUGGUUCAGGCCAAAGUCAAGCAGCUCAAGUACCAUGGAGGAGCUGGGACCGACCCAGUUUGGGAUCCUGAGAGCAGGAAGAUGAUGGAGUCUCUGGGAAAACUGGCUUUUGAGCAGCUGCAGAGAGGAAACUUGAUCUUCUAUGAGUCAGACCUCACAGAGUGUGGCAUCGACAUCACAGCUGCUGCACUUUACUCAGGAGUCUUCACACAGAUCUUCAGAGAGGAGAGAGGACUGUACCAGGAGAAGGUCUUCUGCUUCAUCCACCUGAGUCUCCAGGAGUUUCUGGCUGCUAUUCACGUUCACAUGACCUUCACCAACUCUGGAGUCAACCUGCUGAGAACAAAACAAAAAUCCAGAUUGACUAAAAUCUUAAGACUGAAAUCAAAUGAACAGUUCUACCGGACAGCUGUGGUCCACACCCUUGAGAGUUCAAACGGACAUCUGGACUUGUUCCUGCGGUUUCUCCUGGGUCUUUCACUGAAGAACAACCAGACUCUCCUGAGAGGUUUGUUGACACCGACAGGAAGCACAUGGACUAAUAAGAACACAUCUAAGAUCAUCAAGGACGAGAUCAGAGAGAUUACGUCUACUGAGAGAACCAUCAACUUGUUCCAUUGCCUGAAUGAACUGAAGGUCACUUCUGUCAUGGAGAAGGUCCAACAGAAGCUCCGAUCAGGAGAUAUCUCCAGAAAGCUGACUCCCACUGACUGGUCUGCUGUCUCCUUCAUCCUACUGACCUCAGAGGAAGAUCUGGACGUGUUUGACCUGAACAAAUACUCUGCUUCAGAGGAGGCUUUUCUGAGACUGCUGCCUGUGGUCAGAGCUUCAAACAAAGUUCUGUUGAGACGCUGUGAACUGUCUGAGAGAAGUUGUCCACCUCUGUCCUCAGUCCUCAGCUCUCCGUCCUCUAGUCUGACACAACUGGACCUGAGUGAGAAUGACUUGCAGGAUGCAGGAGUGGAGCUGCUGUCUGCUGGACUGAAGAGUCCACACUGUCACCUGGAGACUCUCAGUCUGUCAGGGUGCAUGAUCUCAGAGAGAGGCUGUGCUUCUCUGGCCUCAGCUCUGACCUCUAACCCCUCCCACCUGAGAGAGCUGGACCUGAGCUACAAUCAUCCAGAAGGUCCAGGACUGGAGCUGCUGUCUGCUGGACUGAGGAGUCCAGACUGGAGGCUGGAGACUCUCAGGCUGGACCACGGUGGGGAGCAGAGGUUAAGACCCGGUCCUAGGAAGUACAUCUGUCCUCUCACACUGGACCCAGACACAGCACACCGGCGCCUCCUACUGUCCGACAACAACAGGUCGGUGAGACGUGCCACAGAAGUUCAGAACCAUGCAGAACACCCAGACAGGUUCCGAAGGUGGGAGCAGCUGCUGUGUAGAGAAGCUCUGACUGGUCCAUGUUACUGGGAGGUGGAGUGGAGAGGAGGAGUGAUCAUCUCAGUGGCGUACAGAAGAAACAGAGGAGAAGAGGAGUGUUGGUUCGGAUACGACGAUCAGUCCUGGAGUCUGAUCUGCUACGAUGAAGGUUAUUAUGUCCGGCACAGUGGAACACGAACCAAGAUCCAGUCCAGUCCUGACUCGAAGAGAGUGGGAGUGUUUGUGGACUGUCCAGCUGGAUCUGUGUCCUUCUACAGAGUCUCCUCUGAUGCUCUGGUCCACCUCCACACCUUCUCCACCGCCCUCACUCGACCGCUGUACCCAGGGUUUGGACUGUGGUGGCCCGAGUCUUCUGUGACUCUGUGUGACCCGGCCCAGUCUGCUGCUGUGUAGAGUGUGUGUGAGCGCGUGCCUGUGGUGAGGAUGGCGUAAGUGUCGACUUCAGAGCCAGACUCGGAGGUGAUGACAACAUGAAUCUGUCCUGCUGCAGCUGUGUGAUGCAGGGGAAGAAACUGACGGAGUGGGUGGAGUCACGUGAGGCAGACACUCCUGGACACACUCCGGAGGACCGUCCUGAAGGAGGCGCUGUGCAGACCGUCUUCUCAGUGGACAUGAGCAGCUCCUCCACACACCUUGGACAAAAUGUAACAUUAGAAUCGGCAGCCUCAUAUCAUUGUGUCUGAGUUCCAUGAUGUCCAUUUCAUCACCAACUAACGUGUGUGUGAAGCGAGGUGCGCUUCCUCCCGUGUAUCUCUGCGCGUCCGUUCACUUGUGAGAAUGACUAACCAACAAGUUAUACCCAAGAAAUGUGUUUGCUGACAGAGGAGUCUCAUACAUGAGCAGAAUUCUGGCUCACAAGACAUGCUCCCCUCCUCCAACUUGACUAAAACAGUCUGGAGAAAGUGUCAGACUUUCCGUCGCCUGAAACUAAAGCAGGGUGAAAGGAAUACGGACGUGACUCCGCCGAAACAGCUUGAUUCAAAGACACUGGACCACAAAAACAACUUGCUGAUGGCAUGAUAAUGACGAAUCGUCCUGUGGAUGUGCCGCUUUGUUCAGUUGCUCAAUACUUGUUCACUGUGGACGUCUGGUUGAACGUCCACUUCUCAUCUCAUCUGAUCCAACACCAACAUUGUAGAUGCUCACACAAUGGAGCUCGGCUUGACGCUCUCAAUAUUCUCGCUGCGUUGUUGAAUAAAUCCACGUAGAAUCGUUCAGAAAUGUUUCAACAGUUUACUGGCGCCGGACAGUAAAAAGUACAAAAAAAAUGGCAUCGAAGCAACUGUAACAUCCAAAUAACAAUGUAUCGAAAGCUAUCCACAGAGACAGCGAGAGAGAGGUCAAAAAAACAGGCUCCACUCUUGCUUGUUCCCCGACUGCCCUUACGGAAGCCCCAAGGUGCCUAAAGGUGCGCAGCAACUCCAAACUUCCACAUGCUCCCAUCCACCUCAAACCAUACGACCGAUAAAUGACAAACUAGUCACACAAACAAACUCGCAAACAGGCCCUUCAUUCUCUCCAUCCAAAUAAUAAUCUUAUAUUGUUAUAAAUUGUAUCUGUUUUUUAAAUGAACUGAAAUCAUUUAUUAUUCUUUUAAACCAAAAAUCAAAGAACAGCAUCUAGGUUCCGACAAACAUAAAUAGCAUGAAGAAAACACCUGUCAUCAACAACUUGGUUGUUCGUUGACUCGAGUGUUUGCCACCCUGGUGACGUUCUGGCAUCGUUCUGAAUCAAAAGCAAUCGACAGUGAGGGUAACAGAAGAAGUCGCCCAGUGCGUCACUACUGUGGAUGUGGAGCUUUAGUUUCCAAACUGCUGCUUGCACCAGCAUCUUCACUCUCCCACCCAGACCACGGUCAUCUUAAGGUCCAUUCACACCGGCAAAUGAAGGAACAGCUUUCUUCUUCACUGACUCCACACUUCAUCUCCUGACUAGCGUCUACUCUCUGUGGACUGUGGUCUGAACUGCGACCAUCCUCUCUCCUCUGCGUGACUCCGCCGCCCCAAUUGGCUCAGUGCAUGCGCACGUUUUGACCCACCACGAGCGACUUGAAAAGAAAUCGGCUCUUCAACAUCAGCCAGCUCCAAUAGUUCACUUCACAUAGCAGCUCUUCUAGUUGCUGGUCGUUCCAUUGUGUGUGUCACGCUGUCACUCGGCGGACGGUCUGAGAGGGAACAUGGGUGCAAACCUACCUGCUACCUUGCUGCUACUGCAUCUCCAGUCAUGUUCCCCGAGGAACAUGGAGAUGAAGGGCUCCAGAAGAGAGAGGACGGCGAAGAUGCCGCAGACCGCUCCGCUCCUCGGUUACCUUUGUAAGAAGUUAUAUUUGUCACUACGCGUGGUUCCGUUUUAUUUUGGAGGGGUAACGGAAAUGUGGAACUGUUGAUGGGUGUUGUAAAU